GAACAAACGCAGCAACAGUGUACAGCCCUCCGCAACUCGCCGCCCGCGCUCACCAAUACUACGGCACUAUCCUCUUCAUCCUCCUCCUGCUACAAUGGCCUCUACGGGGGUAAAUGUCCUCCGCUGGGGCGCACUCGUCUUCGGUGUCUUCUACGGCUUCUCACACCAGCAAAGUAUUCAUGCGAGAGACAAGGCCGCCGCACUCAAGGCAGAGUACGACCGUAAAGCCAAGUUGAUAGCGAGUGCAAAGGCGAAGUUUGCAGAGCAAAAUGCGCCGCGGACAGGCGAUGGAGUGAUAACAAAUCCCGAGGACCCCAAAUUCGACCUCGAAGCAUAUUUGCAAAAGAUCGCCUAGACGAUAUAUCAGCGCAUACGAUCAGCAAUGAAGAAACCAGCUGGGCUAGAGCCAUGUGAGAGCGCAAGGCAUGAUUGGGGGAUAUCCACGAGGGCAAAGGCGAAGAUGCAGGACAUGGUGGGUCACAAGCUGAGAAAUUGUAUAUACACUGUACAACAUUCAGUUCAAGCCUUGACAACAGCACACGCUUGGCUCGAGUUUUGUUACAAUGAGUUUUUGCCCGCGCUGGUGGACAAGCAAGACUUUCAAGGCCCACUGACCGCGACGUUCUAACCCCUAGAUACUACCUAUUCAUGUAUGAGGUAGCUUCAGGUCUAGGAGUUUUU